CUAUUUCUUCUCUGCUUCUCUACAUGAAGUCACUGAUCAACUGAUCUUUUACUCGAGUUCUUUGAUUCAAUAAGCAGUACUUCUGGAAUUGGAGAAGGAAUUAUUUUCUCUCUUUAUAACAUGCUUUUAGAAUUUUUUCCUUGUGAUUGUAAAUUGUAAAGUCCAUAUGCAGUUAUUGUGUCUGCUCCAUCGUCACUGUAAAUUGGCUAUUUAAUUCUGAAACAAAUUCAAUAUGAAGGAUAGGAUGAAAGCAGUUGAACUCUUCCUUGAAAAGAGUUGUACAUUACAAUUAUUGGUCUUUUACUUUUUUUUCCCUGCUAAACAAAAUGAAGGUUGGGAUGAAGGCAGUUGGAAUCUUCCUUGAAAAGAGUUGUCAGGGUCGAGUUAUGUUCCACUACCUGUUCUUGCCUUUUUAUACUUUAUUUUCCACUGCCAAAAAUUGCUCUGAUGAAUCAAGUGAAAGAGAUCAUUUUAGGAUUUAAUUGUAUAAUCUAUGACAUGUUUUUUGGGUUUGGAACAUUCAUGAAAACAUCCUCUAAAUUCAAUUCUCAUAGCAUUUUGACCCAUAUUCAUAUAAGAAGAAAAAUUAUUUCAGUCCCAUUUUUAAGGAAUAUUUCACUUUUUAAUAAAAAAGAAAGAAUUAUUAUUGGAGAGAAAAGAGAAAGAUAUAGAUAAGACAUCGUCAAAAGCCACCAAAAAGAAGAAGAGGAAGAAAUAAAAAACAAAGAAGAAAGUUAAGAGAAAACUGCAGCAUAGUUCCUCAGUAACAAAUUGAAAGAGACAUCUCCAUUUGGCCCUCAUAUAAGCCAACAAAGUUCUUAGGCACUACUCUUUAAAUCUAAGGUUGCUUGUUAGCCAGGGUUACAAUCUAGGUUCCUUCUAGUUGAAGAUUUGACAAUAUGCGAGUAACCUAAGGUGUGACUGCAACACUCUGCAAUCUAGAUCAGCAGUAUAACGGGGAAAUUCUUGCUAUAUUUGCAUAGAGGAUAAUGGCGUUGCCUUUCCUAAGUGUGCGGAAUGAAUCAAUUCAGUUUCCUUGAAAUUUUCUUCCUUUUUGUGCAUUCACUUUAUUAUCUCCUUCGUCAUUACUCUUAGCUUGUUCUUGCAUGUUGAUUCCCUUGUUGAUUGAUUUUCAUGAUAUGUAGAGAACUUUGAAAGCUGGAAAGCUGAAUGAGCGAGUUCUGAGACUGUUCAUGACAGCUGGCAAAGACGAAGUCCUUUCAUUGAUUGAGGCACUCAAUAUCCAGCAUAUCUCCACUCCUGUCCUUCCUACAAGAUGUUCUGAGAAAUUCUAAGAUUGCUUAAGGUGGUAUGACAACAAGAGUUCAAAGACAAAUAUUAGUUGGUUUUAGCAGGCAAAACAGAGUUUUUACAUAGCAGGCGAGUAGAUCUUUUUAGGGCCAUUUUUACCACUUGAUAUGAUGUCUGUAGCAAAUGUAAAAGACAAUGAGAUUGACAUUGUGAUAGGGGCUCUCCAUGCUGACCUUACUUCUUUCAUGAAUGCCUGGAAACCACUAUUUUCUCGAUUCCACUUGAUAAUUAUCAAGGACCCUGAUCUUAAGGAGGACCUUAAAAUUCCACAAGGCUUUGACCUUGAUGUCUAUACAAAGUCUGAUAUAGAUCGAGUUGUGGGCCCUUCUGUUUCUGGUAUUUUUUCUGGUUACUCAUGCAGAUAUUUUGGUUACCUUAUAUCUCGAAAGAAGUACAUUUUCUCUGUAGAUGAUGACUGUCUCCCAGCCAAGGAUAGUAAGGGCUUCUUGGUAGAUGCUGUCUCCCAGCAUAUCACCAACCUCGCGACUCCUGCAACCCCAUUCUUCUUUAAUACACUAUAUGACCCUUUCCGUGACGGUGCAGAUUUUGUCCGUGGAUACCCAUUUAGCCUACGGAGUGGCGUAAACUGUGCUUUAUCCUGUGGUCUUUGGCUGAAUUUAGCUGAUUACGAUGCACCAACACAAGCCCUCAAGCCAGGGCAGAGGAAUUCUCGAUAUGUUGAUGCAGUUUUGACUGUUCCAGUUAGGGCCAUGGUGCCUAUCAGUGGAAUAAAUAUUGCCUUUAAUCGUGAGGCAGUAGGGCCAGCAUUGUUGCCUGCUUUGAGGUUGUCUGGUGAAGGAAAGCUCAGGUGGGAAACAGUGGAAGAUAUAUGGUCUGGAAUGUGUGUUAAAGUUGUUUGCGACCAUCUGGGGCUUGGUGUGAAAACUGGUCUGCCUUAUGUGUGGAGAAAUGAUGGAAGUGAUGCCAUAGAGAGCUUGCGAAAAGAGUGGGAAGGGGUGAAGCUGAUGGAGCAAAUUGUACCAUUUUUUCAGACGAUGAGAUUGCCACAGACAGCAACUACAGCAGAGGAUUGCGUGGUUGAGAUGGCAAAAUUGGUGAAGCAGCAGCUCGGGUCAGUGGAUCCUGUAUUUGCUCGUGCUGCUGAAGCCAUGUUGGAGUGGAUCAAGCUGUGGAAGGCUGUUGGAUUGAGGUCAUCAUCUCCUGCAGUUCAGAAGUAAUGAACUUCUCCUUUUCUUGAUUUUUUUGGGGAUAAUUUUGUCACAUUGAUAACUCUUACCAUUCGUAGAACUACUUUUUUCUUGUUUUUCGAAAUGGGACGGUAAUAAAAAGAUGUUACUACUCUUGUUGUUACAGAGUCUGGUGUUGUGUUAGGUUUUGUAUCACUUUAAUUUCAUAUUAAAAUGUACUGCUGUAUUUAGAUGUAGGGUUUUUUUUUUGGUGGAAUAGCGUUGUGAUGUAGUUACUUUAUUUGGCGCCGUAAUAAACUAACUUGGGAAGUAAUUUUAUGCAAA